AUGCAAAUUCUGAAGGCAAAGAAGGCGCAAAACAAACUUAACCGAGGCAUCGAUGAGAAGGUCGAAAAGACCAUUUCCGCGGCGAUCGAAUUGUAUUCCUUGAUAGAGAAGCAAAGCGAAAAUAAGAACAAAAAGUACCUGCAGAAAAUAUGCUCCAUUUGCGACACGCUGUCUCAUUUGUUAAUGAGAUACAACGAGGACAUCGUGGCUGAGCAGUGGGGGGAGGAACUGCCCACGCCAAGGGAUGGUGACAUUGGCGGGGCUUCUGGAGAUGACACGCUGGUACGUUAAAUGAACCAUUUAAGUGAUUUGGAACGUAUCCUUUUAGGGAUAAAUAAAACAGUCACAACCUUUGGCACCGAUAAAAAUGACAAUAUAAAUGCUACCGUAGAAUUCUUUACACCAUACGGAGGGAAGGAAAAAAAUGUUAUUCACAUAAAUGAGUAUGACUAUUUCUUUUGCAGCAGUAGCAAUGACGAGUCGGAGGUGCAGAGCAGCACAGACGGACAGACACAACAUGGCAGAAACCAAAAAGGGAAGAACCCCCUUUUCAACAGAAUUAAUGUCUUCUAUGUAGGAAAUAAAAAAGUCAUACUUGAUAGGAAAAAAAAAGAAAAAAUAAUUUUCCAAAUGGAUCCCAAUGGUAUCUUAAGAAAGGACAUUUUCAAAAAAGGAAAAAAAAAUGAAAACGUUUUAAAAAAAUCGUUUAAGGAAAACGAGUGGUCUGAUGACCAUGUCGACUUCUGCUACCUGAAUGAACAGAAAAAAAAAGAAAAAAUUGUCAUCACGAAAAGGAGAGAUGGGAUAUACAAACGUCUAUUUCGGGACCACGAGCUGAAUGGCAAACAGGAAAUUUUCGACUUUUACAGAAGAAGCAUCUUCGGCAUUAGGGAAGUUCAUCUCUACGACGACGCGGAGGCCAUGGCGUUUUGCAUUAUCAGACGAAGCCAAACAGGGGACAAAAAAAAACGCGAAAAAGAAAAUCUUCGCAAAGAAAAAGAAAAAUUUAAAGGCGCACAGAGAGACAGGGUUGCCUCAAACAAGCGCACCCACGUCCACACCAAUGAAUGGUCUCUAGAAAUGGGAAAAGGAUGCCCCGGGAGUAGCAAAGAAAAUUCCCUGGAGAGCAUUUUUUCCAAGCUGAAAAAGAGAAAGGAAAGAUACCUUAAGGCUAUUUACCUGUGCACUGAUAAGGAGACGGGUCCGAUUAGGAAAUCGCAAAAUUUGAGACGAAUCAAAAUGCGCCUUAAUGGGGGGGAGGGGAUGAGGCAGCCAAUGGGGGAGAGGCACACGGGGAAGGUACCCCUCGCCGAAAGGGAGAAAGCAAUGCAUCCGGUCCCCCCACAGAUGGAUCCCCCCCUAUGGGAAACCCAAAUCGGAAAAGUGAAGAAGCCCAAAAGGCUGCCCAGAGGGGGGGUGGAUGCGCCGCUUCGAAAGUGCACUAGCUCAGCUGAGAAAAAGGGGAAAAUGGACAGAGGCGAAAAAGCGAAAGGGGGUGAAAAAUUGAAGUUGUCUGAAAAAACCAAAAGGGGUGAAAAAUCGAAGUUGUCUGAAAAAACCAAAAGGGAUAAAAAAUCGAAGUUGUCUGAAAAAACCAAAAGGGGUGAAAAAUCGCAAACGGAUAAACCACCCCUACGCGGCCGCUUCACCGCGAAGAAAGAAGGCCACCCCAUCAGGGACGUUGGUGAGCGCACCGAGCAGGGGAAGCACCCACAGGAUGACUCACCCAAGGAAGGCAACAACGGUAAGCUAGGCGACGACAUCGCGAAGCUAGGCGACGACAUCGUGAAGCUAAGUGACGACAUGGCGAAGCUAAGUGACGACAUCGCGAAGCUAGGCGACGACAGCAUGAUCUAUAACAAAAACGAAAAUGGAUAUAUGAGUCUGUACAAAGAAGUAAAAGAAGGCAACGGAGGUGUGGCGGUUGGAACGUACUCAAUGGCCAAGUUAGCAUCCAUUAUAGAGAAGAGUCACGCGGAGGGAGAUAAUCCUGAGAUACAUGGUCACCAAAAAACGAACAAAAAAAUUGAAGAAUUUGUCUUUAAUGAAAAUUUAAAAGAUAUCAGCAUUACGUCGCAUAAUAUGAGUCGAAAGAGUUCCAAAAAUUGCGUUAAGUAUCAUCAACCCCAGGGGGAAGGCGGUCAGGGGGAAAGUGGUCAUGAGAAAAGCGGUCAUGAGAAAAGCGGUCAGGAGGAAAGAGGUCACAACUUGAACGAGUUAAAUGAACGAAGAGAAGCCUCUGCAGGGGGAUCAUACCGACCAGCAAAUGUCCAACCAAAUGGUUACUCAAAUUACAGUGAAAGGGAUGUCAUCAAGGCAAUCUCAACAGUGUUCAGUAAGGAAAACGCAAAGCUGAAUGGAGAAACAGUACCCAGAAAUUCGGUAACAUAUAGAUUACCUACCAAUCCUGAUGAUACAAGUGAUAAUAAUUUUUUGAAAAAGAGUUCCAAUUCAUUGGCUGAAAUGUCUGAGAGUCCCUUCGGGGAUAUUUCAAAAAAUACAUUGGGGAAUUUGCGCGACCAUGUGAGGCGGCAACUAAGCGACUCACAGAGUGAUGAGAUGAGCCAUCAGCUGAGUCGCCAACUGAGCAGCCAAAUGAGCCACCAACUGAGCAGCCAAAUGAGCCACCAACUGAGCAGCCAAAUGAGCCACCAACUGAGCAGCCAAAUGAGCCACCAAUUGAGGAGCCAAACGAGCCACCAACUGAGCAGCCAAACGAGCCACCAACUGAGCAGCCAAACGAGCCACCAAAUGAGCAGCCAAAUGAGCCACCAGCUAAGAAUCGAAACAAAGGAGAGGCCUUUAAAAAAUAGACGAUCCGAAGUGAGCAGUGGAUUAAAAUCAGACCCUGAGGAAUCAAAGGAGGAACAAAACAUCGCCAACGCAGCUGCGGUUGCAGUGAGAACGGAGGGUGACCUCUCGAAAGGGGGGUUGCAAGAAGUGAAUGGACCCCUGGAGGAAGAAAAGAAGAAAAGGCAGCAGUAUCUCAGCAAGGGAUUCCGGGCCUACGUUCACAUAGUGUUAUCCGAAUCGAACGUAGUCACGAGAAAGUGCACCGUGUUCUUUGACUAUACGUCUAAAAAAGUCAGCAUAGUAAGAAACAGAAAAGUGUUUAAUAUCGAUGUGGAUAAGUUAUAUGUACAGGAGAUACCCACCUAUGAAGUUGGCCUAGGUGUGAUCGAAUUGGUACUUUCCAAAAGGAGGUCCAGAGUGCUGUUACUAGAGUCUCGCGAUCUCGUGGGGUUGCAGAACUUGGGAGAUGAAAUUGGCUGGAUCAGCACCCCGAAUGAUCAUUUAGGUUUGCACCCGUGGGGCACCUCGUUGGACAUGCGGAGGACCGCGACACAGAAUAUGGAGGGACGAAAAAAGGACAUAACAUACAAGCUGAAUAACCAUAUUACAAAAAGCAAGAUAAGUUUCUUCGACAAAAUAAAGUUGAACAAUUUUUUGGGCAAGAAAAAAUGA